AAAAAUGCUGAAUUGUGUUGCAAGAUUUCGAAAAAAGUGGCAAAUAUGGCUAGAUUGGCUGAUUACUUUAUUAUCGUUGGAUACGAUCAGGAAAAGGCGGGUUCAGGAGAGGGAUGUGGGAAAAUUAUUCAGCGCUUCCCUAAAAAGGAUUGGAAUGGCACAGCGUUUCCUCAGGGCGUGGAGAUGUUCUGCCAGCCAGGGGGAUGGAGGCUGUCUCGAGAGAGGAAGUUACCCACUUUCUUCACUGUGGUGCUGACAGAUAUUGACUCAGACAGACACUACUGUUCCUGCCUGACUUUUUAUGAAGCAGAGGUCAACCUGCAGGGCUCUAAAACACUGGAGGCAGAUGGAGAUGAAGAUGAGGAAGAAGAGGAAGAUGGUCUAAUCCAGCCAGCUCAAGUCUUUGCUCCUAAAAGUCUCAUUCUGGUCUCUAGACUGGACUAUCCUGAGAUAUUUAGGGGCUGUCUGGGACUGAUCUACACAGUUUAUAUCGACAACCUAAAUUUCCCUUUGGAGGGCUUGGUGGCCAACCUCUUCACAUGCAUGGUCCCUGUGGCUGGAGGCUCCCAGAAACUCUUUUCACUGGGAGCCGGGGACCGUCAGCUCAUCCAGACUCCUCUGAGUAACAAUCUGCCCAUCACUGGUAAAAGUGUGGCCCUCCUUUUUCAACAGCUAGGAAUCCAGAACGUUUUAAGCCUUUUUUGUGCGGUUCUGACAGAACAUAAAGUUUUGUUCCACUCCACAAGCUACCAGAGACUCGGGGAGGCCUGCCGUGCCCUGGAGUCCCUCAUGUUCCCACUCAAAUAUAGUUACCCGUACAUCCCUAUUCUGCCCUCUCGCCUGCUGGAGGUGUUGAGCUCUCCCACACCUUUCAUCAUCGGAGUGCACUCCAUGUUCCAGAGUGAGAUUCAUGAGCUACUUGAUGUGAUCAUUGCUGACCUGGAUGGAGGAACCAUAAAAAUCCCAGAGUGUAUUCACCUGUCUCAACUUCCUGAACCUCUGUUUCACAACACGCAAACAGCGCUGUCUUUGGUUUUGCACCCAGAUCUGGAAAUAGCAGAUAAUGCCUUUCCUCCCCCUCGCACUGCUCCGUCUAACCUCAAGCUCUUGGAUAAGGAGGUGAGAGCAGUCUUCCUGCGGUUGUUUGCACAACUCUUUCAGGGCUACAGGUCUUGUCUGCAACUUAUUCGCAUCCAUUCCGAACCUGUCAUUCACUUUCAUAAGGCUGCGUUUUUGGGCCAAAGGGGCCUGAUUGAAAAUGACUUCCUUACCAAAGUCCUGGACGGCAUGGCGUUCGCUGGCUUUGUGUCUGAGAGGGGUCCUCCUUACAGGGCCUGCGAUCUCUUCGAUGAGCUGGUUGCUUUCGAUGUGGAUCAUUUUAAGGGGGAAGAGGAGAAUCCAGCCAAGCUCCAGAAGCACAUUAGGGAUCUCUCAGAGCAGCUUUACAAAAACGAGAAUCCCAACCCACACAUGGCAUUCCAAAAAGUGCCUCGACCCUCCGAGGGCUCACACCUCCGGGUGCACGUGGUGCCCUUCCCCUUCCUGAACGAAGAGCGCGUGGAGGAGCUGUUACAGGAGGGCCUGGCCAAGCAGCACAGCGCCCCCCUCAGCACGCGCCCGGAGAAAAAGUGUGUGGUGCCCGCUGGACCCCCCGUGGUGUCCAUUAUAGGCAAGAGCAACUCUGUGUUUAACAGUGCCCGCAGGCUGGAGGUGGUGAGGUCCUGCAUCACAUUCAUCUUCGAUAACAAGACGCUGGAGACAGAGAAGACCCUGCCUGCUGCCCUCCGGGCACUGAAAGGCAAAGCAGCCCGUCAAUGCUUGACUGAGGAGCUAAGUCUGCAUGUGCAGAAGAACAGAGUCAUUCUGGAUCACCAGCAGUUUGACUACAUUGUGAGAAUGAUGAACUGCGCUUUACAGGACUGUUCCAGCUCAGAGGAAUACACUAUUGCCGCAGCCCUGCUGCCCCUGACAACAGCCUUUUAUCGGAAACUAGCCCCUGGGGUAAACCAGUAUGCUUACACCUGCGUUCAAGACCACCCCAUCUGGACCAGUCAACAGUUUUGGGAAGCUACCUUCUAUUCUGAGGUGCAGAACCAGAUCAGAGCUCUCUACCUCACUGCCCUUGAAGAUAAACAAGGAAUCACUGCAAAACUGAAGGAGCAGGGUCCAGUUCCCACAGAAGCCCCCAGUGAGUCAGAGCGGACGGCCAUGGAUCUGGCAGCUGAACAGCUUCGGGCCUGGCCAAGCCUUAGUAAAGAUAAACAGCAGGAGCUGGUCAAGAAUGAAGAGAGCACAGUCUUCAGCCAGGCUAUCCAUUAUGCCAGUCUGAUGGUUUAUCUGCUUGUGCCCCUGGACACCAGCAAGAACAAGCUCUUACGCACAGUGCCUGUGGCAGAUUGGGAAAGCGGCAGCAACAGCAUCGUCACAAACAGCAUUGCGGGCAGUGUGGCGGAGAGCUUUGACACUGAGAGCGGAUUUGAAGACUCUGAGAACAGCGAUGUUGCCAAUUCUGUGGGGAGAUUCAUCGCACGCUUCAUUGACAAAGUGUGCACAGAAAGCGGUGUCACCCAGGACCAUAUCAAAAGCCUGCACAGCAUGAUCCCAGGCAUUGUGGCCAUGCAGAUGGAGACCCUGGAAGCUGUCCACAGAGAGAGCAGGAGGUUACCCCCUAUCCAAAAGCCUAAGAUCCUGAGACCAGCUCUGCUCGCUGGAGAGGAAUUUGUUUCCGAGGGUCUAAGGGUGGUACUGGACCCCGAUGGCCGGGAAGAGGCUACAGGGGGGUUGCUGGGAGGACCACACAUCUUGCCAGCUGAGGGGGCACUCUUCCUCACCACCUAUCGAAUCAUCUUCAAGGGCACCCCUCAUGAUCCUCUAGUGGGUGAACAAGAAGUGAUCAGAAGUUUCCCGGUCUCCACUCUGACUAAGGAGAAGAGGAUUACCAUCCAAAACCAGCUACAGCAGAACAUGCAGGAGGGGCUACAGUUGAGGUCUUCCUCCUUCCAGCUGAUUAAGGUGGCAUUUGAUGAGGAGGUGAACUCUGAGGUGGUGGAGAUCUUUAGGAAGCACCUCCAGAGGAUCCGCUACCCUCAGUCCAUCUUCAGCACCUUCGCCUUCGCUGCAGGGCAGACUGCUCCUCAACUCAUACUGCCCAAACAGAAAGAGAGGAACACAGGUUUCCGAACACUGUCUAAGACAAUUGUAAAAGGGGCAAAGAGGGCAGGUAAAAUCACCAUGGGCCGUCAGUCCACCCUCAAGAAACUUGAGAGGGGCAGUCGCAUGACCUGGAAUGAAGACGACGACAUCUCAGUGAUUUCAGACGAAGGAGAACCCCCAACUAGUAGCACCCUGAAGGCCUCAGAGAAAUCCACCAUGGAGCAGCUGGUGGAACGAGCUUGUUUCCGUGACUACCAGCGGAUGGGUCUGGGCACUAUCACUGCCAGCUCGUCCAGGUCCAAGAGUGGAGAGCAGUUCCGCGUGACGGCAGUCAACAGACUAUACUCCCUGUGCCGCAGUUACCCAGGACUGCUAGUCGUGCCUCAGUCAGUGCAGGAUAGUAGCCUCCAGAAGGUGGCACGAUGUUACAGGCAUAACCGUCUUCCUGUGGUGUGUUGGAAACAUCCUCGCAACAAAGCUGUACUACUCCGCUCCGGAAGUUUACACGGGAAGAGUGUGGUGGGACUUUUCAAGUCCCAGAAUCCUUCAUCAGGAACUCCCACCUCCUCCUCAGAGUCCUCUAGCAGCUUAGAGCAGGAGAAGUACCUACAAGCUAUCAUGAGCUCCAUCCCCAUUUACUACAAAGCCAACGGCAGCAGCACCCUCUCCAACCGCUCACUGGUCGGCCUGUCUCCAGCCACUGAAAGGAGGACGUCGAGAAUACCAAAGAUGGCCCCUGUCCACUUGGACAUUCCCUUCUCUAACAGUUUCGCCAGAGGAGUGCUUGGGUACAGGGAUAAACUAUUCACUCCCUCAAACCAAAAACCUUCAUCUAAGGGGCGAAUCUACAAUCAAGGUGUGUGGGCAAGUCUUCGCUCCAGUGCCAGGAUCAAUCACAACUCCACAGGGGCAGAGGUGGGGGCGCGGCUGGCAGGCAAGGAUCUGGCACCCUCUGCAGGCACCGAGAGCCUGCAGGCCCAGCUUCUGAAACAGCAGGCUGCGCUUUAUAUAUUUGGGGAGAAGUCCCACCUCAGGGGCUUCAAACUGGAUUCGUCUUUGAACUGCGAACUUGUGCCAGUGGACUUUGCUGACACACGGCAGGUGAAGGGGGCCUUUAAGAAACUUCUUAGGGCUUGUGCUCCAAGUUCUAUGUCUACAGACACAGAAGAUACCUUCCUCAAAGCCCUGGAAGAGUCUGAGUGGAUUCCUCAGCUCCAUAAGCUACUACAGCUGUCUCUGAUCAUGGUGGAGUUAUUGGACAGUGGCUCAUCUGUGCUGUUGAGUUUAGAGGAUGGCUGGGACAUUACAACUCAGGUGGUGUCGCUGGUGCAGCUGCUCAGUGACCCGUUCUACAGAACCCUUGAGGGAUUCCAGAUGCUGCUAGAGAAAGAGUGGCUAUCUUUUGGCCACAAGUUCAGCCAGCGCAGCAACCUGACCCCCAGCAGUCAGGGCAGCGGGUUCACCCCCAUCUUCCUGCAGUUCUUGGACUGUGUGCACCAGGUUCACAACCAGUACCCCAUGGAAUUUGAAUUUAAUCAGUACUAUCUGAAGUUUCUGGCCUACCACCAUAUCUCCAAUCGCUUCAAGAACUUCCUCCUGGACUCAGACUAUGAGCGCCUAGAGCAUGGCACAUUGUUUGAGGAUAAGGGAGACAAGCAGGCAAGAAAGGGGAUCUGUAUUUGGGAGUGGAUCAACAGAAUGCACCGCAAGAGCCCUCUCUUUUUCAACUACCUGUACAGCCCCUCCGACACAGAGUCUGUAUUGAAGCCAUCCAUCUGCAUCCCGAACCUGAGUAAGUGGGAGUUUUACACAGAGGAGACUUUGUCAACAGGCCCCUCCUAUGACUGGAGGAUGCUGGCCGUCCAGCUGGAGAGCACUGAGGAACCAGACACUAUUGCCACCAGUAAGAGAAGGAUUGUCUGGCCAUGCUAUAGCAGCGUGAGCCGCGCCCAGCCCGACGCCAUCACAAAACUGCUAGCGGACAUUGAGAGGUUGGAGGGAGAGCUCAGGCAGCCCCAUGAACCCUGGCAAACAACUCUUGAGAAAGUGAGAGUCUGUAUUCAGGAAGACCUCAAACAGGAGGGCAAUCUCCAGAGGCAGUCAGUGUCUAUCUCAGGCCUGAUUCCCACUUCCAGUCUGCAGGCCUACCAGCGCCGCUCCAUGCUCCACCUGCCUGACAGCGGCCUGGGUGAGGACAGCAGUCCUACCACUGCCAACGGCAUCAACAGGAGAGCUGCCACACUCUACAAUCAGUUUACCCCAAAGAAUGAGGAGAACAGGUCCUUUGAAGGCAUUCUAUACAAGCGAGGUGCAUUACUGAAAGCUUGGAAACCCAGGUGGUUUGUUUUGGACAUAACAAAGCAUCAGCUGAGGUAUUACGACACAGGUGAAGACACCAGCUGUAGGGGCUAUAUAGACCUGGCUGAAGUUGAGUCGGUCCUGAUCGCCACACCCACCAUAGGGGCACCAAAACACAUCAGUGAGAAAGCUUUCUUUGACCUGAAGACCACUAAGCGUGUAUAUAACUUCUGUGCUGCGGAUGCUCAGAGUGCCCAGCAGUGGAUGGAUAAGAUCCAGAGCUGCAUCUCAGAUGCCUGAGGCGUGUUUGUGGACCAAGGCUAGGACUGGUCACCAGAACGGGAUCCUGAGAAGGAUGUGAUGGCUGACAGUAUAAAUUUGAGGACUGGUUCCUCAACUCCUACAUUACUUAUCUCCUUCACUAUAGGAGAGACUCACUGUGCUUUAUUAGGACCAUAGAAACACCUUCAGUGCCUGUUAUCUGUUCUUCAGGAGAUCUUCGUCUCCAUCCAUAUGGAGUGUACUCUGUACAUAACUCCAUACCACUCCAUUAUACCUCAGUGUGAGCACCUUUACUCCCUCUUUAUGGGUAUGUUACACUAGCUCUGCUGAUGGUCUGCACUAUAUCAUACCUUUUGCUCUUAUACAGGUUGGUGUACAGAAAAGACUAGAAAGCUGUUGUUCAAGGAUUGCACUACAGAUUAGUUUAUGGAAUUCUUUAAAUGCAAUUGAGUCAAAGCAGUAGCAUUAGCCAUGUAAAACUCUGGGUUUAAAAAUGACAGAAUUGAUUAGUUUUCUC